AUGAUGCGCUGCUCGCGGGGGUGUCGGCGGCAGCUACGGCCGUACUACAAUCUCCCCUCCAAAUCGGAUCACGGGCGAAAGAUGACGGGGUUCCUUACGCCCUACCGCCAUUGGAUGUGGAAACAAAAUGAGUUGUGGCGCAAUGUCCACGAGGCGCAGUUUGAGCAUCUACGAAAAGUAUACAAGCGCCAGUGGCUUGAGUCCUUCCGUGUCAAUGCAGAUGAGUACAUAUACAAGUACAACAUCACAAAGGCAGCCCAACUUGCUCAGUGGGAGUACGAGAUGCAGGCACAGGAAAAGAAGCGGCUGGAGGCGAAGCAAAUGACGGAAGGACGUCAAGCCCUCAAGAAGAAACAUUUGGACCUACUGCGCGAAUUCCACGAGAGACAAUUCUUCUUUUGGUACGAGCGCGCCAGUGAGCGGCUGCAGAGCAUGAAUCUUAUUCAGUACAUUCCACAGUCAAGGGUCCAGGAGCAUAUUGAGAGGGAGUUGGACAAGUACGUCGCUGGAAAGAGUGAGGCGUACCCGUUGAACUUUGUUGGACAAAUGCCUUUGGUUGAGGAUCGCGAGGGAAAUAUUGUGGAGGUUCCCGAGAGUCUCCUCACGAACCACGUCUCAGAGCACCCAGAGUCUACGGCCAAACCCCAUCAGCCUCACGAGAGCACUUCUGUCAGCGUGGAGGAGCAGUUGCUGCGCACCAUGGCAAGUGCGAGGGAGGAAAGUCUAGAAGAAUGGCUUGAGGAUGACUCACGAGCGCUCUCUGAAACGAUUGAUGACAUUUCCCGUGAAGAGGAGCAGCGGGAUGAGGACACACGGGUGGCACGCAGCAUGGAGGAAACAGACAACGAGCGUGAAAUUAGUCGCCGCAUGUAUAUUGACCGCGGUAAAACGGGCUCAAAGGCCAUAUCCCGUCGGCCGGCUUUAAGCGAGACCGACGGCGGCUCCGCUUCUGGCUCUGUUGGUGGUGUUACCGCACCACCUGCGGACACGAGUGCGCCGAUGAGGCGUCGCAAGAAAGGCAAGCUGGACAAGGCACAUGCUUUGCAGGAGCAACAGGAUGCAAUGAUUGCCAGAAUGUCUGCGAAGAGCCUUAAGGACGGUGAAAGCUCAAUCUCAAUUGUCAAGCGUGGGGAGAUUGCGACAAGCAGAGGUCGCAUUCGUGACAAGGCUGCAAUACCGACCCAGGAAGUAUUGAUGCAAAAACCUGAAUUGGCAGCCGGGAGUGUACCAAACGCACGCAUUAGCUUCAAGGACAAGGUAGACCAACUGUACCACCGCGGUAAGUACAAGCAGAAGAAGGAGGACGACAACAACCCAAAUGAAGACCUUUAG